AUAUCCUGCAGCUGUGAGACUCCCUCACACACGGAGCGAGCUGGAGCGGAGUAAAUCAUGGCUGCUGUCUCACACGUCCUCGUCUCGCUGCUGCUCCUGUUCACGCUAACGUCAGCGCAACCGAGAGGAGAUCAAUCAGAGCACUGUGUCCCUAACGACGCCUUCGGGUCUUACUGUCCCACCACAUGUGGCGUAGAAAAUUAUCUCCAUACCUACAAGUCGGGUGUCACGAAGGAUCUGAACCACAUGGACAAACUCCUACAGGACAUUUACAACCUGACCAGAGGAGCUCAGGAUAAAGUGGUUUAUCUGAAGGACUCACAGACGCAGGCGCAGAAAUCCUCCCCAGAGCUGUACAUCCAGAAGUCGUCGAGCAUGCUGGAUGAUGUGCUGCGGUUCGAGAGGACCAUUAUCUCUCAGGAGCAACAGAUUUAUGAUCUGCAGGCGACGCUGGCAGCCAAUGAGAAGCGUCUGACGGAGCUGAAGCAGUUAUCUCUACAGCUCGAGCAGAAGUGUAAGCUGCCGUGUAAAGACACUGUGACGAUACAGACCAUCACUGGGAAAGAUUGUCAGGAUAUUGCUAAUAAGGGUGGUAGAGUUAGUGGCUUGUACUACGUCCAGCCUGUGAAAGCGCCCACGCCGUUCCUCGUGUUCUGUGAGAUCGACAGCUCGGGCCGAGGCUGGACCGUGCUUCAGAGGAGGCGUGAUGGCAGUGUUGACUUCAACAGAAAUUGGAUCCCGUAUAAAGAAGGCUUCGGUUAUCUCUCUCCUGAUGACAGCACAGAGUUCUGGCUAGGAAACGAGAAGAUCCACCUGCUCACUGUUCAGUCCAGCAUUCCAUACGUGCUCCGGAUAGAGAUGGUGGACUGGGAAGGAGUCAAAAAAUACGCAGAUUACGCUGUGUUUAAAGUGAGUCCUGAGGUCGAUCAGUACCGUCUGACGUACGCUUACUAUUAUGGAGGAGACGCUGGUGAUGCUUUCGACGGGUUUGACUUUGGAGAUGAUGUGAGUGAUAAACCCCACACGUCUCAUAACGGUCAGCAGUUCAGCACACCUGACAGAGAUAACGACAGAUACGCUGGGAACUGCGCUAAGCAGGACGGCUCAGGCUGGUGGAUGAACCAAUGUCAUGCUGCUCAUCUGAAUGGAAAAUAUCACAGAGGGGGUAAGUACACCCAAAAGGACGUGGGUGAGCACGGUUUUGAUAACGGCAUUAUCUGGGCCACGUGGCACGACCGCUGGUACUCGCUGAAGCAGACCACCAUGAAGAUCAUUCCCAUAAACAGAGUCCAGCCUGGAGGUCAGCAAGGCAUCAGCCUCGGCAAAGGAGACUUCCCCAGCCGCUAAACGCCACAGCCCUAAACACCACAACCUUCUCAAAGACACCUGAUUUAAUUUCACACUGAUUUUAACACAAUAAAUCUUCAUCUCAGCAGAAUACAAUCACUUCUUCAUGCAUCACUUCAUCAUUAGAAAAACUGAGGAAAGCUAAAAAGACUUCCUAUUAAAAUUUUUUAUUAUUGUCAUGUGUGUCAUUUGUAAAUGAACGUAGAGUAAAAUUCUACAGUCUCUGAUCAGGGUGAUCAGAUUCUCCACACACACACACACACACACACACACACACACGGUUAAUCUGCAUGGUCGAGUGUACGAGGUCAGCUAGUUAAACAUUCUCUCAUUCUGUAGACUUUGUGUGUUUGUUCAUUGAUUGGUGAACUUUGUAAUCUGUUCAGUUUACUCAGAUGUCAGCUGGUGACUUGCUGAUAAACUCUUUUUAAACAA